CCCCGGAUGUUAGCUAUUCGGAGAGAAAGACGAAAAGAGCCAGCGAGAGAGAGAGGCGGAGAAGCUAGGAGACGCCACGGACAAACCGGUAAAGGGAUUGCGGGUCUCAACCCCAAGAUAAACACGGAGAGCUGUGGCUCGUUUCGAGGAGAGAGAGGCAGUUGUGAUCGAAAAAGGAGGGGAGGGGACGGCUAACUUUGACAGACCUGCACUGGCCUCCAGUAGCGGACACGAGCCCGGGUUUUGUUUUUGAGUGACGCCGACAAAAACCGUGAUCUGAGGGAGCCCCUGCAUUCUCGCCGCACCGGAUCAUUACCCCUCCUUCGCCGCCGCCGUUGCCGCCACUUGACCUGCCACCAUGACGUCGGAGCUGGAGAGCAGCUUGACCUCCAUGGACUGGCUGCCACAGCUGACCAUGCGAGCGGCCAUUCAGAAAUCGGAUGCCCAGAGCACUCAUGGGCCGGGCAUGGCUAAGAAGAGUGCUCUGCUGGACCCCAACACCACACUGGACCAGGAAGAGGUGCAGCAGCACAAGGACGGCAAACCACCGUACAGCUACGCCAGCCUCAUCACGUUCGCCAUCAACAGCUCGCCAAAGAAGAAAAUGACACUGAGCGAGAUCUACCAGUGGAUCUGUGACAAUUUCCCCUAUUACAGGGAAGCCGGCAGCGGUUGGAAGAACUCAAUACGGCACAAUCUCUCAUUGAACAAGUGUUUUCUCAAAGUGCCUCGCUCCAAAGAUGACCCGGGAAAGGGUUCGUACUGGGCAAUCGACACAAAUCCAAAAGAGGACACGCUGCCCACACGACCCAAGAAGAGGCCACGGUCUGGAGAGCGGGCGUCCACGCCGUACAGCCUGGAAUCAGAUAACUUGGGAAUGGACUGCAUCAUCUCUGGAAGUGCCUCUCCAACGCUGGCAAUCAACACUGUGACUAACAAGGUGGCAUUGUACAACCCUGACCAGGACGGGAGUGACAGCCCUCGAAGCAGCCUUAACAACAGCCUAUCUGACCAGAGUCUGGCCUCUGUUAAUCUCAACAGUGUGGGCAGCGUGCACAGCUACACACCGGUGACAAGUCAUCCAGAGCCGGUGUCCCAGUCAAUGAGCUUGCAGCAGGCCCCUCAGGCCCAGUACAACAUACCGGAACGCGACAAGCAGCUGCUCUUCUCUGACUUUGAAGAUCUCAGUGCCUCCUUCCGCAGCCUUUACAAGACUGUGUUUGAGCAGUCCUACAACCAACAGGGUUUGAUGGGAAUGCCCUCGGAGUCGUCCCAGCAGACCCACACCUCCUGCUCUUACCAACACUCCCCCAGCAGCACCAUCAGCACCCACCCUCACAACAACCAGAACAGCAUCACUAACUCUCACCCCAACAACAUCCCCAACAGCGGUAGCCAGGUGCCUCUCUCCCACCCCCCUCACUCGGCCCACAACUCGCCCCAUGGACAGCACCUUUCCCAGCAUGGCCCUCACACGGCGCACAGCCAGCACCCGCACACGGCUCACAGCCAGCACAGCCAACAUCCCCAGCACAGCCAGCACGGGCAGCAUCCCUCCCAGCACCAGGCCCACGGCCAACACACGCAGCAGCAGCACCAGAAUCUCGCCCACCAGCCUCAUCCUGGCCAGCAACAGAUGCAGUGCAACACCGGUCUUCCCAGUGACUGGUACCCCAACCUGGAUGCACUAAAAGAAAGCUGCCGCAUCGCCAGCAGCUACAACUGGGCUGAUGUUGAUCUGUCACCCUUCCAAGGUCUGAAAGAGAGCAUGAGGCAGGCGGAGCUGAAUAACUGGUCUCUCGAACCUACUCAGAUAUUUUAG